GCCAAACUCAAAAAGGCCAUUUCCUCCAUUUCUCUGCUCCACAAUUUCUCUCUCUGUCCCUCGAUUCAUUCUGGCCAAAGGCCACUCCUUUCUGUCUCUCUGAGCUCGCCGGAACAAGAAAUCGAAGAAAACAGUACAACCCAUUUUUAUUAAAUCAUUGCUCGCCACCGCCGACGAACAGAGGAAUCACAAAAAAGGCGUCAAAUUUCCGGGGCAAAAUUGGUCAGCUAUGAGAGCUGGGCUCAGCACGAUCCAGCAAACCCUGACGCCGGAGGCGGCCACCGUCUUGAACCACUCGAUUGCGGAGGCCGGCCGGCGGAAUCACGGACAGACAACGCCGCUCCAUGUCGCCGCCACUCUCCUGUCUUCUCCGUCCGGUUACCUCCGGCAAGCUUGCAUCAAAUCCCACCCCAAUUCCUCCCACCCGCUCCAGUGCCGAGCUCUAGAGCUCUGCUUCAGCGUCGCCCUCGAGCGGCUGCCGACGGGGGCGGGAGCCAAUUCGGGUCCCGGGUCGCAUCCCGACCCGCCGAUUUCCAACGCGCUAAUGGCGGCGCUGAAGCGCGCCCAGGCGCAUCAGCGAAGAGGGUGUCCCGAGCAGCAGCAGCAGCCGCUGCUCGCCGUGAAAGUCGAGCUGGAGCAGCUGAUUAUCUCGAUUCUCGACGACCCGAGCGUGAGUCGGGUCAUGAGGGAGGCCAGCUUCUCGAGCCCGGCCGUGAAAGCCACAAUUGAACAGUCUCUCAAUUCCCCUCCGCCUCCACAACCACCUACCGGCCAAUUCGGGCAGGGAUUCCGCGUCCCUGUUCCCACGGUGACGGGGAAUCGGAAUUUGUACGCGAAUCCCAGGCUGCAGGGGACGGCGGCGGGAGCAGGGCAGUCGGGUCGGAACGAGGAGGCGGGUCGGGUCGUGGACAUCCUGCUCCGAAGCAGAAAGCGGAACCCGGUUUUGGUCGGGGAAACGGAGCCCGAAUUGGUGGUAAAAGAAGUUCUCAAGAGAGUACUCGAAGGUGAAGAUAUUGGAGACGAGGGUUUGUUGAGGAAUCUUCAAGUGAUUCACUUGGAGAAGGAGUUCCUCGAGAAAUCCCUGAUUAACUCGAGGAUUGGUGAGCUUGCCGGGUUGGUGGCGAAUCGGAUCACAAGUUCGGGUUCCGGCGGGGCGAUUGUCGACUUGGGUGACUUGAAAUGGCUGGUGGAACAGCAAAUUGGGUCGGAUUCCGGCAAAACCGCCGUCGCCGAGAUGGGGAAGCUGGUGGCGAAGUUUCGACAGAGUGGGGAAAAGAUCUGGUUGAUUGGUACAGCUACUUGUGAGACUUACUUGAGAUGCCAGGUUUACCAUCCGUCAAUGGAGAACGAUUGGGAUCUUCAAGCUGUUCCAAUUGCUAACAGAGCUCCUCCCACUGGAAUGUUCCCCAGGAUUGGGAAUACUGGAUUCUUUGGCAACUCGUUGGAGUCAUUGUCAUCAUCAUCACCAUUGAAGGGGUUUCCCAUGGUGUCGAUUGCUCCACCGAAACGUCUGUCUGAUAAUAAUCUUGAUACUGUGAAAAAGCCUGCGAAUUUCUGCCCUCAGUGCAAGCAUAGCUACGAGCAGGAGCUGGCGAAAGUUGCACCGAAGGAGCUCGUUGAGAAACCUUCAACUGAAGAAGCUAAGUUGGAAGCAACUCAGCAGCAGCAGUCUUUGCCACCAUGGUUGAAGAACGCGGCAAAUACUAAAGAUGCUUCAGCGGUAUGUAUUAUUUCUGUUUCAAAUCUUUAUGAGACUAAGGAUCAAGAGGUUCUGCAGAAAAAGUGGCUUGAUACGUGCUUGCGCAUUCACCCUGGCUUCCAUCAGCAUCACCAACCGAGGAACCUUCAGCCUGGUGGUGCUGCUGCUGUCCCAAUGCCGAGCUUGCUUAAUCGAACCCUCGUGCCUUGUAUUCCUAAGAUCGGGUUGGUUGGAGGAAAUACUACCUUGCAAUUGAAUACCAACCUCUUGCCUAAACAAAACUCCACCAGACAACUACUUAGUCCACCUACAAGUCCUGUUAGAACAGAACUUGUUCUUGGGCGUCCUAAGGUGCCUGCUGAAACCAUUACCAAGGACCUUUUGAGCACUGCUGUUGCUGCUGCUACUGCUCCCGAGACAGAACCAAAGAACUUGCAUGAUUUCCAGAUUAGUAAGCUGCUUAACAAAUUGGAUGCUGAUUCGUUCAAGAAACUUCUCAAGGGACUCGUGGAGAAAGUAUGGUGGCAGCAAGAUGCAGCAUCAGCUGUUGCGACAGUGAUGACACAGUGCAAAUUAGGGAAUGGAAAACGAAGGGGCAAUGCUUCAAAAGGCGACAUCUGGCUAUUGUUCACAGGGCCAGACCGAAUCGGGAAGAAGAAGAUGGCAGUUGCUCUCUCGGACGUCCUUCGUCAAUCCAACCCAGUGACAGUCCGUUUGGGCUCACGUCGUGAUAAUGAUGAGGUAAACUUUCGUGGUAAAACGGUAAUGGAUCGAAUAGUAGAUGCAGUAAGAAGGAACCCGUUUUCAGUUGUGGUGCUUGAGGAUAUAGAUGAGGCAGAUAUGUUAGUAAGGGGGAGUAUCAAACGGGCAAUGGAAAGGGGUCGACUUGCUGACUCCCAUGGCAGGGAAAUCAGCUUGGGGAAUGUGAUCUUCAUACUCACUGCCAGCUGGCUGCCAGAGAAUCUCAAGUUCCUGUCCAAUGGGUUUACAAUGGACGAAAAGAAGCUUGCGAAUCUUGUAAAUGGAGGCUGGCAGCUGAGGCUCUCAGUCUGUGGGAAGACAGCUAAACGUCGGUGUGUGAGAAAAGAUCUGUCGUUCGACUUGAAUGAAGCUGCAGACAUCAACUGUGACUUGAGUGAUGUGACAGUUGACCAUGAGGAUGAUCAUUACUUGGGCAGCAAGGUACUAACAUCACCAACUGCAUCAGAGCUACCCUCAGAGCUACUCGAUUCGUUUGAUGAUUGUAUAGUGUUCAAGCCGGUGGAUUUCAGUGGGAUCAGGAGGGAUGUCUCGAAUUCGAUCACUGAUCGAGCUUCGUCAAUCAUUGGCGAAGGGAAUAGCUUGGAGAUUCAAGUGGACGCACUCGAGAAAAUCUCUGGUGGGUUGUGUUUAGGUUUUGAUGGUUUGGAGGAAUGGACAGAGAAAGCCCUGGUCCCGAGCUUGCGCCAACUGAGGAUGAGGUUUGGAGCAGAUCAAUCAAUGGUUGUUCGGCUUGAACCGGAUACUGGAUUCAGACAGCCGGGGGCCUGGAGAUUGGCUGCCGGGUAGUGUGAGAGUCAUGGUCGACGGGCGAUGAAUGAUAAAGGUACAAUCUUUAUGAUUCUGUGGCAUAGAGAAUGUAAAUAGGAUCAGAAAAUCUUUUGGCCAAGGGGUUGGAACACAAUUUCUAGAGCUGGGAAUAGGGCCUUUGCUUUUGAUCUUUCAUUACAUCACACUAUUGUUCCCCUACCACCAUAUUGCCCUUGUAAUUUUUCUCCCAAAGAAAUUUUGAUAUCUGUUUAUAGGAAAAGUUGUUCAAGUAAAUUGUAUUUGCUCCAUAGAUGUUGCUAUUGAUUAUUACUACAACUACUACUACACUAGACAGAGAAAACUGCCCUGCUGAAAGAUUUAGAGGCGUUUUAGCUUCUCUGUUUCUUCAGUUGUUGUAAUGUACAUCAUCAUCAUACAAAUUAUUCAUUACCACAAUUUCUUUGCCCCUAGCUCUCUUUGUUGAGAUCCUUG